UAACUGACUUGCCUAGUUAAAUGAAGGUAAAAUAUAUUUUUCUGAAAUUCUAUGUAAUUCUCAGCAUGGUGGAAGCCUUUCACAUCCUCUCUUUGGUGACUACUGCUUCAGAAGGGGACCACCAUUUCUUCAAAAAGCAUAUAAAUGCUUUCUCAAGUUGUGUAUUGGACAUGUAGAACUUUUCAAGCGACCUUGUGCACACUACCGUUCAGGGUGUCGCAGAUUCACACCUUUCUCCAGCCAUCAGACGCGCUAGGAACAAUGUUCGUCUCCAGUGCCAGCCGCCGCUAACUGCCCGCGUAGUUCACACAUUCCGACGUCACCUUUGAUCACAAGGAGAUGAGGGCGGAUAUAAAACCGGGGAUCAGGCGGUUGUGGUCAGUCAGAUUCUGGGAAUAGAGUAGUAAUAUGUCAGCCGUCCACGGAAAACUGAGGGUAGGAGACCUAACUCAAUUCCCGAUGUACCCGGAAGGACACAUGGAGAGGAAUAGCAUGCCGCAUUCAGAUUAUGGUGCUGCGGAUAGGGCAAACUACUUCAACUCCCCAAACGCCACCUUACAGAGAGCGGACAGCAUGACCCAUCGAAGGAAGAGAACCAACUUCACCCAGCAGCAGAUUGGGGUGCUGGAGAAAGUAUACUCCGACACCAAAUACCCUGACAUAUUCCUUCGCGAGAGACUUGAGGCUCUCACCGGCCUACCAGAGUCCAGAAUUCAGGUGUGGUUCCAGAACCGACGCGCAAAAUCCCGUCGCCUGGAAGGGUCGUCCAUGUCUAUGAAGCUCAAUGGUGUUGCCGCCAGCGCCCCCGUGACCCCGUUCGCGCAACUCCAUCACCGAAUGCCCAACUUCAGACCACCACUCCACAGCCGGACGGAAGAAACGCAAGCCAAGACUACACUACCCACGAAAACUGGUAACUACGAACACUCAACUAUCCCGUAUGUUGACGAUGCAUCCAUAAAUGGGAAUACAAGAAAAAUUGAGCAAAUCGAACGAGAUGAGUUGAGCGUUGCGGUUCCGUGCAACGUUCAUCCGUAUCACAAGGGAAAUGGACUUUACAUCAAGUCCCAGAGCAACAUAAGCGGUAGUGAAGGUACAAAACAUGUCCUGGUUGAAUAUGACAACUUUCCCCCAAACAAGACCAUAGGUCCCGAGAUGAAAGUUGUUAUCCCUCCUAUUCCUUCACAGAACAAUUUAGGCAGGUCCUCUCCAAAGCAUAUCGCAUGCCAGGUACAGCAUCCUCAGGUUAAGACCAGACCUGAUAACUUUGGCCACUUCUCUCCCAUUCGUGCCAGCAAGGCUCAAGAGUUUUCUGAUUCGGAUUCAGAGUGGGAAAACGGUGCCAUGUCUGGCUUUGGUGACUUCAUGUGAAUUUUCUGUCAAUGUGAAAUUGACUGAUGGGUUCAUCACUUCAAAAUUAACAGAUGUAAGUUUGUUAUAAAGAUACUUAUUUAUUGUAUAUUAUUUUGAUUGUCUUCGUUUUCAAACAGGCUACCAAAUAAAAUAUUAUAUUU